AUGCUACUGCGAGGACGAAAGGCGAGACUCCCCGAGAGCUACAGCGACAGCACGCUGAACGGUGUGGCGUCAUUGUUCUGUCGCGUGGGCCUGCAUCUGCGUAACUGUGACCCACUGACGACGCGUCUAGUGACCGACUUUAUGAGUGUACUUCACUACGAGAUGUACAAGAAUAACUUUCCCAUUUCUAGCUAUGCGUCGGACCCGGUCCUGGCAUUUGGCGCUUCUCGCGUUUGCUCGGAUCUCCCUUCUACUAGUUAUGGACACAGCGACGAUGGGCGUUCAAGUGAGGACGAACCCAUGGACCAGAACGAGGAGGAAGACGCAUCGACUAUGUUGGCGUUCAGAAGCCUCGAUCCGAGCGAGGUCUUCAAGGCGAAUCACCCGCUUCACGCCGUUCCACCGCACGAGAUAAUUCAACUGUCCAUAAGUCCGCGUGAACGGAUAACUCCUGAUCGGCAGGAACGAGUGAUCAGGACGACGCACUUGACUGGUUGUUUCAAGACUGAGGUGACGCAGGGCGCGUCACUGGACUGCUCUCCAAGCGUUGGUCGCUUCUUAGAGGAGGUUGAAGUCGCUGCCCCAUAG